AUGGAUGAUUUGAAGCAGCGCGAUAGUAUGAGGCGUUGUGGACGUUAUGGGGGACGUAUAGCAUUUCGUUUUGCGCAUGGUAAGAAGGCCGUGAUUGUCGUCAAGGUAUCAGGUGAAGCGAAGUAUGUGCUGACACCGAGCGUUUUCGGCGUGAAGGUGGUGCUCAGGUCGCAUGACCUCAGCCGCCCCGCACCAAUGUGCAUCGCAAAGUGCGUUGAUCUGUCGCAAGCCUUGGCUGAGCAUUGGUACGACGUGUAUUCCACAUGGAUAUUUGAUUGCGUGGUGCCAGGCAAGGAUUUAGUGGAUUUGGAUGAGUUGAAGCAGGGCGAUGGCAUGAGGUAUUUUGGAAGCGUUGUGGGGGAUCGCAGUGCGUUCGGGGUCGGGGAUGUGUAUUGGUUGGUGUUGUUGCGCGAAAGGAACGGUUGUGCGGAUGCAAUGUUGGUGGAUGAGAAGGGGCUACAAGGAUGGCAGCGGCUGGGACGUGGAAGAGGGGGAGUGGAAAGGGCCGUGUUUGUCGACAAGGUAUUAGGUGAAGGGGACUGUGUUGUGCGCCCAAGAGGUUUCGGCGUGAAGGCGAUGGUGAGGGCGCAUUAUCUCAGCCGCCCGCCACCAAUCUGCGUUGCAGUGCGGGCUGAUCUGUCGCAGUGA